CGUAAGCCACCUAAAUUCUUUGUUAUUGCAUUCGUCUGCUCAAAAGAUCGGAGGAGUCGGAUUAUUUGAUCGACUUCAGGCAUUCCGAGAUAAUAUGCGGGCCUCUGUUAUCACUAGUCAGUGGAAGUCUGCUAGUCGGGCAACAACGAAAACAAAAGGCGAGCUGUAACAAUAGCACAGAUCCCGAUAAUCAGCAGUGGAAGAUCACUCUGUAGGCAGCCCCAUUUAGAAGUCAAAAGACCGAACAAUGAACUAGCAUUAGCUUCUAUAAAAUAACUACACAGCUCAGAAAACGUUGGACUCCCAAGGAGCAACAGGUGCCUCACUAUGGGUGACCAACAAGAGAAGAAUCUGCUGCAGCUCUUGGAAUUACUUCCCAAGGAUCAGCGACAGGUCUUUGAGACCUUUAUUCAGUGGCUCCAUGGCAAGUCUUCGGGAGCUAUUCAUUCCCACCAGAAUGCUCUGCAAUUGGUACUCGAGGAGUCACCUUACCCAGCCCUACAACUGCUGCAGAUGCUCCACGAGCAUUCAAAGUUGCACAUUGGUCAAAUAAUUUCCACCUUACUCCGGCAGCUGCUAGAUGACGAUGUCUCAUCACCGCGUUUCCUUUGUGUGUUGGCUAACUUUCCCGCACGCAUUUUAGAGGCGGCAACGCUCCGUCAAAAACUGAUGACUCGUUUAGUUGUUGAUUCAGUCACUAGCGAGCACAUAAUGCUGGCCUUAUUGGCACGAAGCGAGGGACAACUUUUAGAGGAUGUGCUGCAGGAGCAGGAGUUGUCCAUGCGGGCGCAAUGUAGCAAGACUGCUCCCACCAGACUUUUAAUCUUGUGGCUAGCCCAUAGCCAAAGAGAGCACUUUGUGGCCAGUGUCUGCCAGAAACUGAAAGACUUUAAGUGUUUCCAGGACCCUAAACUAAGGAACACUUUGCUGAUACUGCGACUGGCAAAUGAGUUUGCUCUGGGCACUCAGACUUUGGACGAGCUUGGAUGCCUGGACAAAUUCUUAGACGAAUUUGAUGUGGGCGCUGUGCCGGAGGAGCUGCGGGACGUGCAUCAAUUCUUCUUUGCGGACUUUCAUCGCCUAUCUACUCUGCUCAAUUUUCUGCGCCCACGAGAAGUAAGUAAAACCCUGAAAGUGGAUUCACUGCUACGGGCUCCUGGUGUCCUAUCCCUAAUUCACGAAAACGGAAUUCGAUGUGAACACCAAGAGAUGCUGAGCCUACUCGAAGAUACCUACAAAUGGCAGCAGCAGACUCCAGCGCUAAAGUGUCAUCACCAGCAGGAAGUUGAAAUUCUCAGUUACUACACUGCCCUCUGCCAUGUAUUCAAUAUUGUUCUAGAUCAAAGCGAACAGACAACCAAGACCAAGCUAGUGCAGCUAUCCGGACAAUUAAGGCAAUUGCAUCAGUUGGGAACAUUAUGCUCUUUGCUGGAAGACAUAUUCCUGUUGGUUUUUCUUCGCUGGGAGCAACUGGAUCAGAACCAGCAGAAAAAAAGAGAGAAUGAGGAGGAUGAUGAGGAAGACGAUGAUGAGCAGUAUGUCGACGAUGACAUUGUCUCUCCCCCACGUCCCACAGCUGUCCAUAGUCAGCGCGUUCGUUAUGGAUUUAUUUGCCGUUCGCCUUCGCUUCAGGCUCUCUUUACUUUUCUUAAGGCUUUUGUCACCAAGAAGCUGCACUCCCAAGACUACAAGAGCGCCCCGGAACACCAAGAGAGAUUCCAGCGCUUAGUGGAUGGUAUUAGUGAAGCUUUGUGGAAGCUGAGUGUUUUGCAAAAAAUAGAGCAUUCGUUAAUCAAAUCGGCUCCUUCAAUCAGUUGUCUUCUAGAGCCAGAACAACUGCUCCAGUUGGUCCAACUUCACAACAAUUCAAAAGAAAAAGCAUCAAGCGACGACGAAAGCCGGGAGCGCAGCAACCACGCCUCCAGUCUCAACCGGAGAAAAGCCCGUAGGCAGCGAAGGGCGGCUAGUUUCAGUGGAGCGGUAGCUGCAAAGACAUCGAUGGAUGGAGGACUUACAGUGGAGCAGUUCCAAGCUCGGGCCCAGUUGCUUAGUGGCAGUAAAAGCAGGAAAAAUUCCCGUGUUACUUCUCCAUGUGAGAGGUCAAUAAUUCCGAAAAUGCUCAGCACGCCAGAGCAAUUGGCCAUAAUGGCUCUGGCGCUAAAGAAUUUUACUGAUGUCAAGCAAAUCAUUCAGACCUUUCACCUGGAGCAAAGUCAACUCAAUCGUGAAAUGCAUUUCAUGGAGCAGCAGCAGCAAGUGAAGCAGAAACUCGCUACCAUCUACGCUAAUUACCAGGCGUUGGAGGCGCAGCAGGCCCGCUCUGGGGAGACCACCGUUGAACAAAUAAAGAGCGUGGCGGCUAAGGGUUUUGAGCUGUCUAAGAUUAUUAGCGUUGUGGACAACUUUGCGCAGGCGCAACGUUUGCAACAAAGCACCGAGUUAAAAGCCCUCAUCCUGCGUCACAGUUCCAAUGGACAGCAGGGGUUCUUGCAGCAGUUCGAGGAUCGAAAUCUGAAUGCCCUGAUCAUAUGCGAUCUUAUAGUUAACUUGGGCUUCAACCGCGAAAUCACCAGCAAUCUGUUAUUGGUCAUUCGCCGACAGCAGCAGCAGAAGAUGACUAGCGACGAGGCUUCCUCCUCCAAUGGUUCCGCUGAAAUUGGAGCCAUGAAUCUCCUGCAGAAUCUCUGCGAGUGCAUGCGUUUGUUGGAAAAAUCUGGUCAACAGUCUGCUCUAAAUGAGCUACUGUCUUCAAAGAGUUAUCCACUCAGGCCAUCAGUUUUGGCCUUGCAGCUUCAACGGGAAGUUGCAUUUCAGGCGCUUUAUCAAAAAGAACCAUCGGACUACUCGCAUGGACAGGAGCUUCGCUCCAGCGCCGGACUCUUUCAACAACUCCGAUCACGAUAUAGUUACUAUGCCCGUUUCUGCAGUUAUGUCCAACAACUGGCCCGACUAUUGCAGCUCAGAGAUCCUAACCUGGAGUAUCACACAACUCAUCUUCUUCGCAACGAUCCCUACGAAGUAAUUGGCGAAUUGAUUUACGAGUGCGGCAUAACACCCUUGGAGAUCGAGGCGAGUGUUGCUGCUCUUCAUCUUAAUCUUGUUCAUGUCAUUGCGCUCAAUAUCUGCCCCCAAUUGAGCGAGGAACCAACGAAAAGAUUACCUCGAGUGGUGGCUCCGCAAAAGCAGGAAUCCAUUCAUAACUAUAUUACGCAGCACAACCAGCUAUUGGCUCAAAUAUUGCUGGCCAUACAGCUGGGGUACCUUCCGGAUGGCGAGACCGGAUUAAACUUUUCAUUUCUGGGGCAAAUGAUUAAUUUACCUGAGAUGGAGAUCCUGGCAUCCAUGCACGAAGGCAAUAGAGUGCUGGCCGCUUUGAAUACCUAUAAAUUGGAUAGAGCCAGUCUCGACCAGAUGGUUCCGGACUGGGAACUACAGCUGCAAAUUCUUCUUCUUGGCAUUGGUGGACAGUCAGAUUCCCAAAAACAGAUAAAUAGCAGGAUUGACCAACUCAUAGCGGAUCUGAUUGAUAAGGAUCCACGAAAUAUACAUCUUGUUGUACACAUGAGCAAUCUCGGACUGCGGGCCAGACUGUUAAAAGAGCACUUCACCCGCAUUCCUAGUAGUCAGCAGGCCAAGGAACUGAUCGAACGUACUCUUCAGCACCGCCGAGCGGCUAAGGCGAUACCAUCAUCUCUGCGCUCCGAUCUGGAACACACGCUGUCAGACAUAACAAUAUACGCUAAGGUGUCGGCUCUUCUUCAAUUUGAAAGUUGGCCACAAGCCUAUGACUUUGGACGCCAGACACCAAAUGUGAUCUUCGAGCAGUUGCUACAACGUCGGCGGUAUGGGUUGUGCUUAGAGUGGAGUCGCGUAGUUUUCCUAGCUGGAUCAGCGGGUCAGCAGCGGGUGUGCUUGCUUACCCUUUUAGAUGCACUCUUGGAACUACAGGAUGGCGAUGAGCUUGAUGCGUCUCUAUUAGGUAUUGUGGAAAUGUUUCCAGCCAUUUCAUUGGUGAAUUUCUUGGACACCCACAAGGAUAAGUUCAGGUCGCUUCCACUACUCCAGUGGGUUAUCGAUUACUUAGAAAGUCAUGCCCGUGAUCCGCGACUGUACAGGAACUAUCAGCUUUCAUUGGAGUUUUUACGGCAAAUGGAUAACGAUGAGCGGUCUCAAUUUUGGAAAUUACUUCGGCAUCCACUGCUCAUUGUAGAGCAAUUGGUAAUGAAUGCCCGUUUUGAACUACUCGGAAAACUGUUAGAUGCGGCUCGGUCCAAGUUGCAAAAGGAGAAGCCUCUGGGCCCAUGUCCUUAUUGCUUUGAAAAAACAGGGCAUGUGUAUGAUGUCCGCACUAGUUCAGGUUCGGAACGUGGAGCCGGAGGAACACCAGCAAAGUUGCGUUUUCAAUUGGGUCAAACCACAUCGGAAGCUUUUAUUCUGUUAAAUUUCAACUCUUACCAGCAGGAUCACUUUGUGGGGCAGGAGUGUCUGGACCUGCUGCUGCGAAUUUAUGCCAGCAAAGCUUUGGACUACAAUGUGGCAAAUGUGAGGGCUACUUCCGAACCGAGUUCCCUGGGCACCGAUGUCCAGAACUCACUGGAUUCUCUCUGCGGUGCCUUUGUAAUGCCAAAACAAGCACCCAACCGGCAGCAGUGGACGCGGGACGAGGAGGCUAGUCACUGCAUGUGCUGCCGACGGGCAGCUUUUACCAUGUUGAUGCGAAGACAUCAUUGCCGCAGGUGUGGGCGAGUGGUGUGCUACGCCUGCUCCACCCAUCGUUUGCGCAUACCAGAGCUAUACGACGAAUUGGAAGUGCGCAUCUGCAACGAUUGUGCCAGUAGCUCGGCUGCCAAAGAUCAAGGAGAUGGUGCCUCCAGUGAGCGAAGUGCAACUUCGGUAUCAGGAUCAAGGUCUUCCGGACAGAUUGAUUCCUGUAAAUGGCGUUUAAGUGGGAUCAUUACACACGACAAAUUGUUGCGCGAAGAGUUCUCCUAUGAGCAUGCCCCUAGUGUAGCUCUUAGUUUGUCAAUUCUUCGCAAUCAUGUCGAGCAGCGUAGCUGCGUUGAUCUCCUAUUAUUCCACUGUCGCAAGCUGGAGAAGCUGAUUGUACCUAAUCCGGAGGUGGACUACGGUCUUGUGGCAAAAAUGAUUAACUGUUUAGCAUUCGCCGCAAAGGUCCGUGGCGCUCCAGGAGAACUUGAAAAUAUUCGCGAGCACUCUGAGAUCAUUAUGGCGGUUGUGCAGCAGGGCUGUGAGUCGUUAAUCCCAACUGGACAACUCAACAACCAUAAUCUGCGCAAGCUAGCAGACGCAUUGGUGGAGACAGAGCAUUGGACUUUAGCCCUAGAGGUCCAUCUAAAGUGCGGUUUCGCUACAACAGGUGUGAUGGCGGCCCAUGGGCUAGCUUGUCUCCGGGCCGGCUGCUACGAUGCAGCCCGUGAAAAAUUUGCACACUGCAUGACUCGCCUUUCCAGUGAGCAGCUCAAUAGCAGCAUCUCCAAGUGCAUAUUCGGAGCGGCAUCAGCGGAAACGGUCCUUCUGCCCAGGAAGAGGCCACAACGAGGUCCGGCCCUUCUUCAAGAAAUCCUGCAAUUGAUAGCUGCAAUUCCUCAGACACAACCUCAGCCGGAGACUCUUCACCGGGCAUCACUUAUGCGUAAUUCCAAUACCUCGCUGGCCUCGCUUUUCACGCGACGUAGGGAGCCCUAUGUCCAACAACGACCGCUUCAGGAACCAGCUCUAAACGUUAUAAACGCUCUGGCGGGUCUGAAGAACAUAGCCAAGGGGCAUUAUGGCGGGAAAAUUCCAGCUAGCGAGGAAGGUCGCCGGCAGGAACGCGGCUUCGAAGAAUCACUUCAUUAUGUACUCACCUAUGGCAGCCACAGUGAUAUCCUAACCUUCCUGAUACGCCGCGAGGAACUGCGAGCAGCCCUCCGCUACUGGCAGCACCAACAGUUGGACGCGGAUUUAUUUAUCCAGCACAUAUUCCAGCCGCAACUGGCUAAUGGAGGUCUAAACGUUCUAAUGGAUGAAUUACAACAGUUGGACGACGCUCAACUUACUGCCUGGCGCCUGCCGCUGCUGCAGACCUGCCGACACUUGGAACAGCACCAGCAACUUAGUUCACUCUACCAAUUGCAGCUCCUGCUAAAAGAUCCCAUUAGGGCUAGCAUGACGUGUGUGAAGUUUUACGCCCUUCAGUGCGAGAACUUUCAGAAACUCCAUUCCAACGCCCAGCAUUUGCUCUCAGCCCACAUGCAUCUCCAGGGUGAACUGGAUCUGUCCGAGUGGGAGCACCUGCAGCGACAACAAGGACGAAGAAACAGCGUGUCCAGUGGAACCAGUGUUCGGGGUGCCUGUUUCGCCAUGCAAAUGGAUGCCAGGGCUCUCAAUGGACACAUAAAUACUAUCCGACGACAGUUGGAGGUGGCAAAGUUUUUAGCUAAAUGCGAACGAGAGCAGGCGCCAGAUGAGCCCCUAAGAACUAUACAAACUCUCAAGCAGAUCCGACUGGAGUCUAGUCGGGGAACAUUGCCCACUUUGUUUGAAGGUGCCGCAGAUCGCAUCCAGUUGUGCAUUCUGAUCUUAAUGUGCGGCAAAAACAUAGACGAAGGUUUCGGCCUGGCAUACGGAAUUAUGCAAGACUAUAAGCUGGCUGCAAUCAAGGUUUUUGGAGCCACUUCAAAGUAUUUGGCCAGGAAUCAGCGUCUGCCUGAUGUGGAGCGCCUGUUGGACUGCAUCGGAAGCAACAAUGGCGGGGGCAUUUCUGGGGAGUCUGACGAGAUUCUCUCAAUCGCCAUUAAUGCCGCUGUGCACAGUAGUGCUCCUGAGACUAAGCAGAUGCUUGACAGGUUGAUUAAGCGCAUUGGCAGCGUGGAGUUACGGGUCUCCUCGUACAUAUAUAUUGGACAGCUUAAAUCCGCCUAUCUACUGGCCAUCAAACACGAGCGAUUGGCGGACGUCCGGCGAAUAUUGCGACAGGCGGAACUUACCGGGCAAGUGCACAUCAAGAAGCUGUGCGAAAUGAAGCUGCAGCUCAGUACCCCGCCAACGCCUUUGUGAUAUCGUGACCCUCGGGCAAUAACAUUUUAUUAACCUAUUAAUUUUGGGUUUCACCAGCUGUGACAAAUACUUGAGUGAUGAAUUUAAUAUGUUUGAGGCCUCAAUUCCAAAAGAGCUUUAAAUAUCUAAUUUCUAGUAUCUAUUCUUCAAGCUCAAAAGUCAUUAUUUGGGUAUUUACCUAGUGAAAUCCUAUGUUUUUUUGUUUCUGGGGUAGUAUAGGAAAUUUGUUUUUAGUGUUUAACAUUUAGAUAAAUUUUAAUUUUUCCAAAGGGCCAGCAAGUAUUUCACCUUCGAGCUCAAAAAGACUCUCCCAACAAGUAACCAAAUUAUAUUAUAUUAUUCAUUGUACUGUAUUAUCUCAAUGUUAUUUUUAUAUUAAGUAUAUUGUUAUAU